UUCUCUUAACUAUAUAAAAGCCAACAGCUAAUAGUCUUCUUCAAUCAGAAAAAUUACUUGCAAUCACAAUUUACAAUACAAAGAUGAGUUCAACAAUCAGAGCUUGGAGUGUUGCAGCUAGCGUUGGUGUUGUGGAAGCCUUGAAGGACCAAGGCAUAUGUAGAUGGAAUUAUGCUUUGAAAUCAGCACAACAGCAUCUUAAAAAUCAUGUUAGGUCUGUCUCUCAGACAAAGAAACUUUCUUCCUCUGCUUUGAUUUCUAAAAGAUUGAAAGACGAGAAUUCGAAGCAGCCAGAGGAAUCAUUGAGAACAGUCAUGUACCUAAGCUGCUGGGGUCCCAAUUAAUUGUAGGGGAGGUCACGGUUGAGAUUUCUGGGGAUAUAUUGUAUAGUUUUUUCUUUUUUGAAACAUUACUUGUCCGUUAAUUGUGUCAGGUAUAUAUAUUCACGUAAAUUCUGAUCAAUGAUAGUGUUCGUUGAGCAUUGCUAAA